UGUUGGGAACGCGCAUCGCGCCCCGCAGCGUCAAGCUUUGGCACGCCGCGGCCGCUUUGCAGGGGCUGCUAUUUGUUACUGCGCGCAGUUGUCCCUGUGCUGUUGUGGUUUGCGCUGGAGAAUGAGUCCUUGGGGAUGUGAGGCGUUGAGGCCAGUGCUGUCAGGAGUGCCUUGCAGGAGCAGUUUGCUGGUGUUUGGUCCAUUUAGCGAGUUGCCCCUCUCGUUGAACGCGCGUCCCGCGCUGGGCCUUGGCGGCUUGCCGGCCCGCAGGGACAGCUUUUAUCUUAUCAGUGGACACCUCACUUCCCACCUACCGCCUUCUGUUUGCUCAGUCCGCCCAACGUAGCCAGUCAGUUCGGAUUGCUUUCAAGCGCCACGUUUUCACGUGACGGACUGGUUAGCACCUGUCUCAUCAUGUGGAAGUGGUUCUGAACAUGAAAAGUUCUCUCACCGAGUGUGUUCAGGCUCUCUCCGACCAAGCGUGGAUUAGUGUACCCCUUGCGGUGGCCCUCAGCUUGCAGGGAAAACCAUAUUCCGAAGCCAUCGGUGCCAUGUGGUGGGACACGUCAACUUUUAUAACUAAUAUUCCCCAAUAUUUGGCCAUUUUCUUUCUCAUAUUUUGGGGAGGCAUACGAUUUUUACACUUCACUGCCAUUGUUUAUGCUAAAUAUCGCCUUCAUAGAAAAGUAGAGAAGACUUCAGCCGAAACUCCCCCUCCAGGCAUUUCAAUCUUAAAGCCCCUUACAGGGACUGACCCAAAUUUGUAUAGCAAUCUUGAAACUUUCUUUGUUAUGGACUAUCCCAAUUAUGAACUUCUGUUCUGCAUUGAAGAUGAAAAAGAUGAAGCAAUCCCACAAGUUAAAUCCCUUAUUGAGAAAUACAAAAAAGUUAAUGCAUCUUUAUUCAUUGGUGGCCAGCAGGUUGGUAUCAACCCCAAGAUAAACAACAUGCAAACUGGUUAUGCUGCAGCAAAGUAUGACUUGAUAAUGAUCUCAGAUGCUGGCAUUCGUAUGAAAGAUGACACCCUUUGGGACAUGGUUCAACAUCUUACUGAUAACACAGGUUUAGUUCACCAGAUGCCUUUUACUUGUGAUAGGGAAGGUUUUGCUGCAACUUUAGAGAAGGUUGGUUUUGUAAGUUUAUAUUUGUGUAAAGUGGUAUACAUGACUUACUUAUCCACAGCUUAUUUUCUCCCACAGAUUUAUUUCGGUACUGCGAUGGCAAGAAUGUACUUAGCUGCCGACUUCAUGCGCAUCAACUGUCAUACUGGCAUGUCAACACUUAUUCGUAAAAAACUAUUGGAUGAUGUUGGUGGCUUGCGAAGUUUUGGUGUUUACCUCGCUGAAGAUUUCUUCAUAGCUAAAAGCAUAACUGAUAGAAACUGGCGUAUUAGAAUAUCAAGUCAACCUGCUUUACAAAAUUCUGGAAUUUGUCAAGUGACCUCAUUCCAAGCUAGAUUAGCCAGAUGGGUUAAAUUACGUUUGGCUAUGAUUCCACUGACCACAUUAGUAGAACCACUCUCAGAAUGUGUUAUUCUUGGAGCUGCAAGCGCAUGGGCGUGCCAUUACCUCUUCAAAUGGGACCCACUAGUCUUUUAUAUGGUGCACCUUCUUAUAUGGUUCCUUUGUGAUUUUGUUCUCCUCAAGAUUAUUCAGAAUGGUUCCCUUCCCUUCAGUAAAUUUGAAUUCGUGCUUGGAUGGCUGUUCAGGGAAUUUAUGGGCCCAUUCAUAUUUGUACAUGCAAUUCGAGAUCCACAUAUUCAGUGGAGAUCUCGGUCUUACCGCCUACUCUGGGGUGGAGUUGCUGAAGAUUACACCACCAAGAAGGUGUAAAUCAGUUUUUAUUACGUAUUACCUCUUUAAGCAAUGCACUACAAUGUUACCCACAAAUGUCUAUUCACUUAAUUUUAAAUAAUUUUGUGUAAGUGUUAAUAUCAAAUGGGGUAGACCUACCCCAUUCCUUUUGUAGCCAACUUUAUCUUUACUCUGGGUCCAACAGUAGUAUGUGUGGCUCAACCUUAAGUUUCUGAUAGGCCAAGGGUUGGAGCAACACAAGUAUUGGAGUGAGAUUUGCUUUGUUUGAAUGUGCUACCCAAUGAUAUUUAGUAAUCGUAAACACCUGUAUUUUCCCAUUUCAUUUCUUUCACCCCUGCCUACUUAUUAAAAGAGGUCUUUUUCUUUCUGUUUGUCAAAUGCAGCAAAUCUCACUCAGUUGAUUGGUAUUUUGAUCAAGUGCCAAUGAGAUGUAGUGUUUGUAACACACGCUGGUAGGAUUAACUUUUUUCUUCAAUUACAUUUUUUUGAAUUGCUUUGGAAACUCUUUAUUCUAGUAAAAGGAGGGAAAGUGAUAUGUAGUCUCUUUGUAUAAUUUUAUAAACAUUUAAUUGUAGCAGUAGUCUGUCCACUUGCGCCAGAGUUUGAUGCAGUCUAGACUUAUUUUCAGCUGCUUUUGUCCCUAAAGAUGUUAUAUUGUUCCUUUUUGACACUAAAGAGUUAGCUUAAAAGAUGUAUGUUUACUUCUGAUUGUUAUUACAGCACCCUUUACUUCUGUUCUAUUCUAUACAAUGUACAUAUCUAGCGGAUGUCUCAUACUAUUUUGUAGUAUUCUUGUUUUACUGGCUGUAUGCACAUGAUUACUUCUGGGCUUAAAACUUUUUGGAUGCAGUAUCAUAUGCUUUUUUAAGGUGGAGAAGCUCUUCAAAUUUACCAAAUCAAGGGUUGCAGCAUUGAUAAUACUGUAAUUAACAAUCUAUAUUUUUGUUGAAUGAAUAACAAUGAAUACACAGUUAAUUUUUUAUUAUUAUAACGAACAAAGCAGCUGAAGUCUUAUUAUUUUGUAAUCUUUCUCUCUGCAUUGUCUGUGAUUGCAUGAUACAUUGUUUUUGUAGUCAUUUAUGUUUUCAUGUGUGUUAUUAGUUGUGCUUGCUGUUGUUUUAGUUAAGUUGUGCUGGUACUUUUUAAUUUAUUUUACAUCUAGCCUCUGAAAAUAGCAUUCCAUUAGAUGGCUGUUUGAUGUGAUCAUAAGACUUCAUUAGUGAACCAAUAAGCAAAAACAAAGCACUUAUCAGUAUUUAGCGGAGCAUGUACCUUAAAGAGGCUAUGUAAGUGUGCAUGUCAAGGUGAGCAUUAGUUGAAAGUUCUUGUGGUGUUCUGCUUUUUAGUUACUUUCUUUGUCCAUCAGCACUUUUAUUUUUACACUUCUUUUGGUAGGUAUUUGGGUCUUUCUCCAAGAGGCUAUAUAUGAAGUCCUAUACCAUACAUACACUAGAGAGUUUUAAUGUAAUAAGACAUGUCAUCCUUAAGUUACAAUAUUUUAUAUCUUGCCUUGCACGUUUUGUGCAUUUACCGUAUGUCAUUGGAAAGCGUAGGUUUGUUCAGCACUUCACUGUUUUGUUCCCCAUUGUGAACAGUACUGUUAUGAUACAAGUAUGGACCAAUAUGUGGGUUUUGUGUGUCUUCCAAAGUGUUGAACCACUCUGCCAUCAAAUUUAGUUCUAUUAUUCAACCAAACAAAUCAAGCUUUAGCUGCCAAUUUGCAUGCAAAGAAAAUUAUUCUAGUUUUAAUUUUUACUUUUAUUUUGAGUUACUGCACAUGUUCACAUGCAACUGUUCUCUUUAGUCAUGAUAAUGCAAUUUCUUUGGUAAGACCUAACCUUGGCUAUUUUUCUUACCAGUGUUAAUAACUUAACUUGCCAAUUUGCAAAUUUUUACUUGUAUGUGCUUAAAAUGCAUGUGUUUACCAAUUUCUUCGUAAAGACAGACUAAGUUUUACACAUAUAAUUUUACCUCUUAUUUCUUCAUAUUGAAGAUUCCUACUAGCCAAUAAUUUCAUUAGUCUUGUAUUGUGUUUUUUGUACCCUGUAUGUUCUCUAUGUUUUGCUGAUUGUUAAAGGCGUGACUAUUUAUCAUUCACAUUACCAUCACCAUCAUCCUCUGCACAUGUCUUUACUUUAUUUUUUUGCUAGGCUUCAUGCUUUAUUUAUAUAUAUAAAUUCUAUACACUGCAAUUAUGGGAGUAACUGCUUCAAAUUUCCUUGAAUCUCUAUUGGUACUGUAGUUCUGUUUUCUGUGGAGGAAGAUAUUACAUUUAGCAAGUUGAUGAAGUUUGAAAUUUAUCAAGCCAUCAAUUUUACUGUGUCUGCUUCAAAGCAAGAACUCUGUUAGAAGUGUUUCUAUGUUUCAUUUUCUCUAUCAGGCAGCAAUACUCUCUUCAUUACUACGUCGGUUCUUCUUGUUUCUAAGGACCACAGAAAUUUCAGUGUGCUUUCAUGCAAUGCCAAAUCAUGAGCAUUAUUUACCAUAUUUAUUGUGUCAAUUGAAAUGCGGAUUUUUUACAUGUUCUGCAAUGACCAACGAAUAACCGAAGUUGUCAUAUUUAUGAGCUUUCUGACAUGUUUUACCCUGUUGUGCAGAGGGACUUCAGAGAAAAGUUUUUGAAGAGGAGUAUGUCUGUUACAUUUCAUCUCAUUCAGAGGCUUUUGCAAUAAAGUGUUACAGUAUUUUCA